UGGGCCACCCACCACGACGUUGGAUUGAUGUUCCAGCAGACGUCAGCUGAUAGCAUUGGUCGCAGACAGAUUCUAGAAACAUUCAGGCAUCAGAUUCUAACUAAGUUGCAUUCGGCUCAAGUUUUGAUGAUUGAAAUCAUUCCAGCUUUUGAUCCUAGUCGAGAACAUUCAACAGAACUGAAAGUGGAUUUUCUUAAUAAAAAAAUGCAAGUUCUUUACAUUUGAUUAGUAUUCUCCAGUCUAGGAUAGUUUGUAUUUGCUGCCACCAUGAUACAUCAUCUGCCCCAGCCCCAUUCUGCCCUGGGCAGCAUAUACUCGGGCCUGCAGACCCCAGGGCUGCACAUGCGUGGCAGGGGUGACGUCUCACCCCCCUCCCACGGGCACUCGUCUUUUCUCAUCGAGGACAUUCUCGGGAUUUCAAAAGCACAGAACACAUCACCGACUUUAUCGUCACACACGUCACCGACUUUAUCGUCACACACGUCACCGACCUUAUCGUCACACACGUCCUUCUCGUCCUCAUCGCUACUGGCGUCGUCACCGUCACGGUUAUCGUCGACCACACCCCCCUCCCCCGUGACACACACCACCCCCAGCCCCCAGCACGGCCACCACCCCCUGUCCCGGCCGACGCCCAUCAACCCAGGGGCGGCGCUGACGUCCAGCCUCUAUGGGGCGGCCCUCAGCAAACCUCUGGCAUUCUACGACUCCCCGGUGCUGCAGCAGACCUACCUGGGCACACACCUGGGCACACACCUGGGCUACCCCCUGGUCAACCAGAUGUACCCCCUCCCCUACGGCAGACCCGAGCUGGCAUUUCUAGAGAGGCAUAACGCGUUCGCUAAAGUGGGCCCCAAACCCUGGAUGUGGAGUCCCUUCCUGCAGAGACCGCUCCACAAGAGGAAGGGCGGGCAGGUGAGGUUCUCCAACGACCAGACGGUGGAGCUGGAGAAGAAGUUCGAGGGCCACAAGUACCUGAGCCCGCCCGAGAGGAAGAAACUGGCCAAGUCACUGCACCUGACCGAGAGACAGGUAAAGACUUGGUUCCAGAACAGACGAGCAAAAUGGCGCCGAUUAAAGCAGGAGUCGCCGUCAGGAGAGUGUGCGUCACAGCACGAUGACGACAUGUGUGACGUCAGCAAGCAGCACCACAGUGGCGACUGCUCAGAUGGGGCGGGGGAGGAGGACGACGAUUACGAUGACGACAUCAACGAUUCCGACGAUGAAAUCGACGUCGUUGAUGACAAAAUGCAUUCGUUGUCCUGAACUUUGAAAUGCCGGGUACAGCGCAACUUGAUGACGUUUCACGUCUGCAGCGCGAAGCAGACGACACACGACGCCAUUUUUUACGUGACGUAACUAGCGUUCAGACUCACGACCUACUUCUGUGUUCAACCUACAGGUCACCGGAAGGUCAUCUGAAGGUCAUCUGUAGGUCAUCUUUAGGUCAUCGAGCUAAUGUCAUUGACUCGGUUCGUAAUGUCAUGACAUGCCAUCAUGUCACUCCACAUUUAGUCAAAACGUCACAAUCCCGGGAUGCGAAUGUCAGAACUUGUAGGAUGUCCGCUCAAACUUUCACAUUUGUAAAUUUGGUCUCACAGACACACACGAAACUUGUCAUCAGGAAACUUGCCGUGUUACAGACACCCACAAAACUUGACAUAAACUGGUUGUGUUGGUGUCUUACAUCUCAGUGUAUUUAUUCCAAUCUGUCAUACAAAUGGCGCAACUAUUUAUAUCAAACUGUCAUUUGUGUCAAGCUGUCAUUUGUUACACCUGUAAUAUUGAAAGCUUUUAAUUUGUAUGACGUAUCUAAUUAUAUCAAACUUUUAUAUAAAUGACGCUUCUAUUUAUACAACUGCAACUUUCAGCGUGUAUGAUGGUAUGAUGGUAUGAUGCUGCUACACUAACACACCACCCAACCACAUCCAAACUCUACACACAUACAACACCACCCACACUUCACUCCACAUCACACCCCCAUCACCACCUCAAACGUCUUCCCACACCACCACCCCACACCACCACCACCCCACCCCACAACACCAUCCCACAUCACCACCCCACACCACCCAUACCCCACACCACCACCCCAUACCAACACCACCCCACCCCACAACACCAUCCCACAUCACCACCCCACACCAUCUAUACCCCACACCACCACCCCACAACACGCUUCUGCCUCAGCUUACUUUGUAUAUCCCCACUCAAGAGUUUUUGCAGUCACGUUGCUAUGGCAACAGUUUGACUGUCAGAAAUUGACCUCUCAACCUCGACCAGACAUUAGCCAUGUUUUGGUCCAACUUGCUGAUCUCGAUUGAAACAAAAACCAUGUUUGUAGAAUUAAAAUGUUGACAUAACUA